UCUCGUUCGGUUAUUGGUUUUGUUUUGUCGUCUGCUGUUUCUCUCGUUAAACGUCCAUACAUUUACUUUGAUCUUACUGUCUUCUGAUGCACUUCCCCAAGUUUCCGUUAUUUGAUGAUUUACAGUUAAUUUAAUUUUGCUGUUUCAAUGAUAAAAGUUUUCGACGAUACAUUUACCAAUGUACAAAAAAGUGAAGUCAAAAAUGAAGGUCAAGGAUGAUGUCGACAUGGAGGACGUUACUGAAAGUACUUCCUCCACCGAUCCCAGCACUUCAAACAGAGGGACUGUUCCCGGUCCUUCAUCUACUGCUUCAUUUAUUCAACAAGAAAAAUUAUGCAAGGAGCUUUAUUUAUCAAUGGGGGUCCAUCCUAAUGAUAUAGCUGAUACCAGUGAUGAUGAUGUAGCUAGUAUACUUGAGCAGAUGAGUAAAUUGCAUGCCAACAAUCUGGAAUCAGGAGCCAGUGGUGAUAGAAAUAUUGAAGAUAUUCUACGAGAAGCUGAGACUCUACUUGACGGGCAGAAUGCUCACUUACAUUUCCGAUCCAAACCAAAGAGCAUAAGUUCCAGCAGUGCAUCAGGCUCAUCAAAUCACUCAGGAUCACUGAAGACCACUCUGGGAGAUGAGCAGAAUUAUCUAGACUCUGUGAGAUGUUCAUCUCAACAAAGACUCCUCAACAUAACACAUACAAUUGAAUCUUCAAUAUUAGGAAAAGAAAUUAAUGAGACUGAAAGUGUUAGUUUAAGUAGUCAUCAACCGGUGCUAUCUUCUAGGAGCCUUCAGCAAGAAGGGGCUCUUCCUGCUCAUAUUGCGGGAACUCCUCUUGAAGUUACAUACAAGCGAAUAUAUGAGCAGAUACGUAAGGAAGUGGAUGGUACUUUGAAGCCUCAUCUCAGUGGUGACUUUCCAGAUUUAAAACUUUCUCUACCAGUCCCAGGCUUGGAUACUCCUUCUUUUGACAUUCCUGGUUGUUUCAAUUUGGAACAUGAAUUUCUUGAGGAACGUAAAAGAUGUCUUAAGCUGAAAGCGGAUCUUGAUUGGUUGAGACGGCAGCAUGAAAGAGAAGUUGCUGAACUUCGUCGACAUCACGAAGGACAACUUAACCAGGUGCGAGAAGAACUGUGUACAACCAACAAACAAGAGCAAUCUGUUCUCGCUCUGCAAAAUGAAAUGAAGUCUCAAGAGCAGAUUAUUUCAAGAUAUCAACAAGAAAAUGAAAAAACGUGUGCAGAACUAAAAGAUGUCAAGGAGACCCUACGACAGGGCGAGGACGAUUCUAAAGCUAAACAGGAUGCCGUGGCUCAACAGCUCCGCUCUGAACUUGAGAGCAGUCUCCGCCUUUCGCUGGAGAAAGAAAUCCGACCGCAGCUAGAGAAGGAGGUGGCGGUGGAGCGGGAGCGUGCGCAGGCUCGGGCUCAGGACCUGGAGCGGCAGGUGCGUGAGCUGGAGACAAUAGUGCGCAAGCGGCACCAGCACCUGCAGCAGCAGUCCUCGAGCGACCUGCCCUGCUCCUCGUCGGCAAGAGAGCGCCAGCUGCAGGAACGCAUCGACCAGCUGCAGAAGGAGCUCGACUUCCGGCGAGUGGAUGAGCGCAAGCUGCAGGAGCAGCUCCAAGCACUGGAGCUGCAGCGGGAACAGCAAGUGCAGCAGCUGCAAAAACAGCUGACAGAGAGGCGGUCGGCCGAGCGCCAGCUGCAGGAACACCUGCAAGGUGCGGAGGAGCAGCUGCAGGAACGGCACGCGGGCGUGUCCAAGAUGCAGGCGCACCUCCAAGCCGUUAAGGCCAAGUACGAGGACCUGGUUUCAAGCUUGGAGCAGCAGCUUGCGGCCGCGCGCCAGGAGGUGUCCGAGCUCCGGGACCGCGUGGCGUUGCCGGCCAGCCUGCCUGCUAGCCUGGCGGCUAGCCUUGUGCCUAGCUCGGCCAGCAGCGAGGCCGGAGAGUCCCUGGCUGGGGAGCAGCACCUUGCCGACGAGCAGCCGCAGCGCGACGAGCAGCACCUGCAGCCGCGUCGGGAGAGGGCAGCCGCAGCUGCGCCAACGAGGCAGCGCCGGCCGCGCCGCAGCCAGUCCGUCGGGGAGUCCACGCCGGCCCUCACACCCUCCGCGGCGGCGCCACCCGGGCCGCCCGGCUCGGGAGAGAUACAGGUCAUGCCGCACCAGCAGAACAGACCCGCACAACCGCCGCGCCCGGAAACGCACCUGCUCGCCACCAUCCGCGGCCUGCAGCAUGAACUGCAGACAAAGGAAAAGGAGAUGGCCAAACUAAACAGGGAGCUGUCCGACGCGCGCGCCACCAACCGGCGGCUGCAGCAGGAGCGGCAGCGGCUGCUGAACGAGGCGCCGCCCCUCGGUCGCAAGACGGCCGCCCCCGCCGCGCCGCCCGCCGCCGCCCCCGACCCGGACACGGAGGCGGAGAACCGGGGGCUGCGGCGGGACGUGCAGCGCCUGCAGGAGGACCUGCUCAGCCUACACGCCAAGCGCGUCAAUGACCUGACGCGACUGCAGGCGAAGCACGAAGAGGAGCUGGAGAGCAUCGUGUGCGAGCGCGUCAACGAGCGGCUGACGGACCGCAGCUGCGAGGGCCGAGUGGCGGAGCUCCAGGGGCAGCUCUACACCCAGCAACUGGUCAUCGCGCACCUCAAGGAGCAGCUCAAGCACUCAGAGCAUGGGGGCGACGAGGUGGCUCUGCUGAAACGGGAGCGCGACCAACUGGAGAAGAGCGUCAUCAGCCUCAACAAGCAGGUGACCCGGCUCAAGGAGGCUGCCUCACCCGAGGCGCAGCGUUUAGUGGCACUGCAGGAACAAGUGAUGGAUCUGGAGGCACGGCACGAGGCACGGGAGCGCAAGCUGCAGGCCAUCGUCCGGGACCUGCUGCAGCAGCGACAGGGCCGGGCUCAACAGGACGGGCAAGACUCGUGCUGCUCGGCGUCCGUGCGCCUCCUCAACAAGAACAGGGACCUGUGCUUCUACCGGGCCGAGAUGGACCGGCUGCUCGAAGCGCUGCGCGAACUGGAGCGAACCAGGCACGCCUAACGGCACGGCACCUGAGGAAGAAGUACAAAGAGUUUGAUUUGUGUUUUGUGUUAUCGAUGUUCUUGUUGUAUUUGUGGCAACAUUGUAAGAGUAGUCCCGAACGAUCUCAGUAUGAUUUUAAUAGUUCAUAUUUUAUGUGCUUGUAAACGAAUAUUAAUGCCAUUAAAAGUAAAACUUAAGUCAA